GCCGGCCCAGCCGGAAUCCCCUCUGCCUGGCUGCCUGGCUGCCUGCCUACUUGCCUGCCUUCAUCACCCACCACUGAGCUUCAGCAUCCGCCUAAAAGCCGCAGACUUAGGGGGCUAUGGAUGAGCUGAGCCUCUGACAUCAUCGCCAUGCAGCAGCAGCAGCAGCAGCAGCAGCAGCAGCAGCAGCAGCAGCAGCCGCCAUCGUCGUCCGCCGACAUGCCCAGGCAGGCGGCGGACAAUAGCAGCCGGAAGCAGGCGCGCCCCUCCUCGCCCGCCGGCCCCAAAGCCAGCACGCCAAAAGGGAGCAACCCCUCCAAGCAUCUGGUGGUGGUGGUGGGCGCAGGGGGAGGAGGGCGAAGCAGCCGAGGUCAUUCUCCUGUCUCAUCGGGCAGGGAGCGGCAGCAAGCCAGCGGGGGCGCGCCCGCCGCUGUUCAGCUCGCCGGUGCUGAAAGCCCCACGUUGAGCCGGGCCGCCGCCCCUGCCGCGUCAGAAAGAGGCGGCCAAACGUCCGACCACUCCAGCACGCGCCCCGACGCCUCCUGCCCCCCCAACCCCCGCGUGGUGUCGGACCAGCCCUGCGCGAGCAAAUCCCCCAAAUUGAGAAAUAAAAACCAGAAAGGAGGAGGAGGAGGAGGCGGAGGAGGAGGGGACGCCUCUGCUGCAACCACACCGAAAAGCUCCAAAAGCACAGUCGGCUGCGGAGCAGGCUUCUGGAAGGAGGGCUGCUUGCAGUCCGAGCUGAUUCAGUUUCACCUGAAUAAAAGCUUAGGGAAGAAAGGAACAAAGAUGCAGGCCAAAGCAGCCUCCCCCCCUGAGCCUCAGCCCACCCCAAAAGUGGCCCCCCAGCAGGACCAGACGCUGCUAGAGGAGGUGGAACGGCUUGAGGAUGAAAAUGAUGACCUUAAGACUGAAAUUGAGGAGAUGCGAGCAGAGAUGGACGAGAUGCGGGACACUUUCUACGAGGAAGACGCCUGCCAGCUGCACGACAUGCGCAGGGAGUUGGAGAGAGCCAACAAGAAUUGCCGGAUACUCCAAUAUCGCCUGAAGAAGGCAGAGAGAAAAAGGAUCCGCUUCACAGAGAGCGGCCAAGUGGAUGGAGAGAUGCUCCGAAGUCUGGAGCAAGACCUCAAGGUGGCAAAGGACGUGUCUGUGCGCUUGCACCAUGAGCUGGAGAACGUGGAGGAGAAGAGGACAAGGACGGAAGAAGAGAACGAGAGGUUAAGGCAGCGACUGAUAGAGGUGGAAGUCACAAAGCAAGCUCUUCACAACGAGCUCGAGAAAGCUAAAGAGCUGUCCCUGAAAAGAAAAGGAAGCAAGGAUCUGCAGAAAGAGAGGAAGGCUCAGCAGACCCCAACCGAGGAAGAAAACCAGGAUCUGAAGUGCCAAGUGGCCUUCAUCAAAGAGGAGGCGCUCUUGAUGAGGAAAAAGAUGGCAAAGAUAGACAAGGAGAAGGAUCGGCUGGAGCAGGAGCUGCACAAGUAUCGCUCCUUCUACGGGGACGUGGACAGCCCGCUGCCCAAAGGCGAAGCCGGGGGCCCGCCCAGCACGCGGGAAUCCGAGCUCAAGCUCCGCUUGCGCCUGGUGGAGGAGGAAGCCAACAUCCUGGGGAGGAAGAUUGUCGAGUUGGAGGUGGAAAACAGGGGGCUCAAGGCCGAGUUGGACGACAUGAGGGAAGACAGUUUGGUGGCCGCCGGAGCGGAUGGCGACGGGCGCGGAGGGCAGCAGUGCAGAGAGCAGAGCGAGGCGCUGUCUGAGCUCAGGCAGCAGCUGCAACUGGUGGAGGAUGAAGCAGAACUCCUGCGCAGGAAUUUAGCAGAUGUGGAGGAGGAAAACAAAAAGGUUACAAAUGAGCUGAACAAGCUCAAGUACAAAGCUGGAUCCCAUGAAGCUGGCACCAGACACGGGGGAGGAGGAGGAAGCGAGCCGGCUAAAAUGGACGCCCUCCAGGAGGAGCUCAAGGCAGCCCGUCUGCAGAUCAAUGAAUUGAGUGGCAAAGUCAUGCAGCUCCAAUAUGAGAACCGAGUGCUGCUAUCUAACAUGCAGCGCUAUGACCUGGCUUCGCACCUGGGCAUACGAAGCAGCCCACGGGACAGUGAUGUUGAGAGCGACGGGGGGCGGGACGAUGACACCCCCUCGGGCGUGGGCUCAGGCUCGGCCGCUGGCUCUGGCUCUGGCUCUGGCUCUGGCUCUGGCUCUGGCUCGGCCUCUGGCUCUGGCUCUGGCUCUGGCUCUGGCUCUGGCUCUGGCUCUGGCUCUGGCUCUGGCUCUGGCUCCUCACCUCGCCUCCUGCCACCUCACCGUAAACGGGAGGGCCCCGUUGGAGGCGAGAGUGACUCGGACGAGGUGAGGAACAUCCGCUGCCUGACCCCAACGCGCUCCCUCUACUCACCUGUGGAGAGCCGUUUUUUAUCCAGAAGCCCGAAGGAGCGGCAGCAAAUGAUAGACAUCCGAACGGAGGCCGAAAGGCUGGGCCGAACCGUGGACCGGCUCAUUGCCGACACCGGCGCCAUCAUUGCUGAGGCUCGGGUGUACGUCACCAACGGCGAGCUCUUUGCUAGCUUGGACGACCAAGACGAAGGUGCUAGGAUCCGAGAGCAUGAACUGCUUUAUCGGAUUAACGCGCAGAUGAAAGGCUUCAGGAAGGAGCUGCAGGGCUUCAUUGACCGCUUGGAUGUUCCUAGACAAGAUGACAAAGAACCAGAGGAACCUCUCUCCAUGUUUCAGCCCAUUAUUUUGCUGAUCCUCAUUCUUGUUCUCUUUUCCUCACUCUCUUAUGCCACCAUUUUUAAACUUGUAUUUCUUUUGACUCUUUUCUUUGUUCUGUAGGCCUCACAACUGAAUGUCGUAUGUAC